CCCGGGCGCUCGCUUUCACCGCGCGCAGCCGGAGCCUCCGCCGCAACGAGCCGGGAGCCGAGCCGCUCCGCGCCGCGAUCUGGACAACCGUGCGGCGGCCUGAGCCCUCCCCGCCCGGAAACGCCCAGAACCACCCACCCAGCGCCGAGGUCUACAAAGCCCUGAGCUUCCGAAGGCGGGAGGGGUUGGGCGAGCCCGAGAGGCAGGAGGAUCCCCCCGACCCAGGCUCACGCCGGGUUCCCGGAUCAGGCCGCCUCCGGCCCCAUGAAGACCCCCAGGCCGGGGCUGAGAGCCUGGCGCAGCCCGGACCGAAAUCUUGCGGCGGCCUUAGAGCGUUAGACAGGAUGCGGCUGGGCCGCCGGGCCCUCUGCGUGCUGGUCCUGCUGCUCGCCUGCGCCUCUCUGGGGCUCCUGUACGUGAGCACCCGGGACGCUCCGGGCCUCCGGGCACCUCUUGCGCUGUGGACGCCCCUGCAGGGCCCCUCCAGACCAGAGCUGCCAGACCUCUCGCCUGAGCCCCGCUAUGCACACAUCCCGGUCAGGAUAAAGGAGCAAGUGGUCGGGCGGCUGUCUGGGAACAACUGUAGUUGUGAGGCCAGUGGAGGGAGCUUUCAUUUCCCCUUCCAAAGGCAGCUCCGAGCCAUUGACCUCACGAAGGCCUUUGACCCUGAAGAGCUGAGGGCUGCCUCUGCCUCCAGGGAGCAGGAGUUCCAGGCCUUCCUUUCAAGGAGCCAGUCUGCUGCUGACCAGCUGCUCAUAGCCCCUGCCAACUCCCCUCUUCAAUACCCCCUGCAGGGUGUGGAGGUCCAGCCCCUCCGGAGCAUCUUGGUGCCAGGGCUGAGCCUGCAGGCAGCUUCUGGUCAGGAGCUUUACCAGGUGAACCUGACUGCCUCUUUGGGCACCUGGGACGUGGCCGGGGAAGUGACGGGAGUGACUCUCACUGGAGAGGGGCAGCCUGAUCUCACCCUCGCCAGCCCAGGGCUGGACCAACUCAACCGGCAGCUACAACUGGUUACUUAUAGCAGCCGAAGUUACCAGGCAAACACAGCAGACACAGUCCGGUUCUCCACGGAGGGACAUGAGGCCGCCUUUACCAUCCGCAUAAGACACCCACCCAACCCUCGGCUGUACCCACCUGGGUCUCUACCCCAGGGAGGUGAGGCUGCCCAGUACAAUAUCAGCGCCCUGGUCACCAUCGCCACUAAGACCUUCCUUCGUUACAAUCGGCUUCGGGCGCUCAUCGCCAGCAUCCGCCGCUUCUACCCAACGGUCACCGUGGUCAUCGCCGACGACAGCGACAAGCCAGAGAGCAUUAGUGGCCCCCACAUCGAGCACUAUCUCAUGCCUUUUGGCAAGGGCUGGUUCGCAGGCCGGAACCUGGCCGUAUCCCAAGUAACCACCAAGUACGUCUUGUGGGUGGACGACGACUUUGUCUUCACGGCGAGGACGCGGCUGGAGAGGCUUGUGGACGUGCUGGAGCGGACGUCGCUGGACCUGGUCGGGGGCGCGGUGCGCGAGAUCUCCGGCUUCGCCACCACCUACCGGCAGCUGCUGAGCGUGGAGCCCGGCGCGCCAGGCCGCGGGAACUGCCUCCGGCAAAGGCGCGGCUUCCACCACGAGCUCGUCGGCUUUCCGGGCUGCGUGGUCACCGACGGCGUGGUCAACUUCUUCCUGGCGCGCACCGACAAGGUGCGCGAGGUCGGCUUCGACCCGCGGCUCAGCCGCGUGGCGCAUCUGGAAUUCUUCCUGGACGGGCUUGGUUCCUUGCGGGUGGGCUCCUGCUCAGACGUCGUUGUGGAUCAUGCAUCUAAGUUGAAACUGCCUUGGACCUCAAGGGAUGUGGGGGCAGAGACUUAUGCCCGGUACCGCUACCCAGGAUCGCUGGAUGAAAGUCAGGUGGCCAAACACCGCCUACUCUUCUUCAAACACCGGCUGCAGUGCAUGACCGCAGAAUGAUGGCCACUCGGGCCUUCCAACUCUCAGGCUGGGCCUGCCUCCUUGUCCCUGCCAGGAAUUUCUAGCAAACCCCACCCACCACCCAGUGACUACUCCACUGACUGUCCCUGAUCCCCUUCAGAAUCCGAUCCCAAAUAGGGGCUUGUCCUGGUGACACUCCUCCUUUCUGCGAGUGCCCAGCGAUGCGAUGGAGCCAUAACUCGACCCAAGGCCAGUGCCAAGUCCUCCCCCCAACCCUCUUCUCAUGGGGCAGGAAGUGGGGGGGGGGUCACUUUCCAAGUGCCAAAAAGCCCAUGGGGACUCUAAGAACCUAAAAUGGAAAUAACUCUCAUCUCCUUGGGACUGAGGGGAUGGGGAAGCCCCCAACGUGUAUUCCCAGGGCUGUGCCCCCUCCCCCAUCUCUGGAUCCAGGACUCUGUGCACCGGUUCCAGCCCCACCCCUGUGGAGAGAACCAGUGACUCCGGAGCUGGGGCGGGGGCCGGUGAACACACAAGUGAAAGCCA